AUUCUGGUAUAUUCUUUGGCCUCUUUUAACCUUUUAUAUAUUAAGAAGACAAAAUGAAAAGAAAAAAAAAAGCUUUUCUUUUCAUUUUAGUAAUAUUUGCAAUCAUUUUGUGCGGGUACGUCCCUUUGGUUGCAACUUUUGUUUAGGUGUGUCAGAACAACAGUGAAGUUUAAACAUAGAAUUUCAUACAAAUUAUUGAAACUUUGAUCGUAAUGAAUUUUUGUUGGAGUUACUAAUGCACAAAUUAUUCUGUAGCGUCAAAGACAACGGCUCACAAGUUAGUGAUGAUCAUAGCAUCAACAGUUUGUUCAACAAUUUUGGGAGUUGCAAUUUUUAUUAUCAUAAUCUACCGCAUGAGAAGGAGAUUAGGGAAGGAUAAAUCUAAAGUUCAUAAAGAUUUUGAGGGCUUUCUCAGGAAUCAAGGACCACUUGCAAUAAGAAGGUAUAGUUACUCAGAUAUAAAAAAGAUGACCAACUCUUUUGCAGAAAAAUUAGGCCAAGGAGGAUUUGGAAGUGUUUACAAAGGUAAGAUACAUGAUGAUCGUCUAGUUGCUGUGAAGGUGUUGAAUAGCUCCAAAGGUAAUGGAGAGGAGUUCAUGAAUGAGGUUGGAAGCAUUAGUAGAACAUCCCAUGUUAACAUUGUCACACUAUUGGGGUUUUGUUUUGAAGGAUCUAAGAGAUCACUAGUGUAUGAAUUCCUACAUAAUGGAUCUUUGGAAAAGUUCAUAUAUGGAACCAAUGUGACCAAAGUAGAGAAUCAAUUGAAUUGUGAAACACUAUACAGAAUUGCGAUUGGUGUUGCUCAAGGAUUGGAAUAUUUGCACAAAGGGUGUAAUACCAAAAUAUUCCAUUUUGACAUAAAGCCUCACAAUAUACUCUUGGAUGAGAACUUUUGUCCUAAGAUAUCAGAUUUUGGGCUUGCUAAAAUUUGUCCUAGUAAUGAGAGUGUGGUAUCCAUGAUGAUAGCUAGGGGAACUCCAGGAUACAUUGCUCCUGAGGUAUUUUCAAGAAACUUUGGAAGGGUCUCUCACAAGUCAGAUGUCUAUAGUUUUGGAAUGAUGGUAUUGGAAAUGGUGGGAGGGAGAAAGAAUAUUAAUGUUGAAGUUGAAAAUACUAGUGAACUUUAUUUUCCUUCUUGGAUUUAUAAGCGUGUAGAAUUGAAUGAGGAUCUUGCACUUAGGAACAUUACCAAUGAAAGUGAGAGAGAGAUGAUGAGAAAGAUGGUUAUAGUAAGCUUGUGGUGCAUCCAAGUUGAUCAGUUAGACCGUCCAACAAUGCAUGCAGUGGUGGAGAUGCUUGAAGGGAGAGUUGAGACCUUGCAAGUACCACCUAAACCGUUCUUGUAAUCUCCUUCAAGAUCAUUGCGCCAUUCUUGAACAAAUUGUUGUAAUAAUUCCUUGUUAAUUAGUCAUUGAUAAUACAUUAUUCUAAUUGUUGACAAUUUCCAGAAAUCUGAACAAUUAAAAUAACUAGGUAUUGCGCAGGUUUAUA